AUGUUGGUCUGCACCGACACACCGACGGUCGGGAAUGCGACGGUCGGCUGGUCGGCUGGAUUGUGGUUGGUCGGGCAGGUCAUCAACGCGACCUGCUUGGACGGGUACCACCUGCUGAGCGACGGCGCCACGGAGCAGACGCUGGCCUGCACUUUGGACGGCUGGGAGACCAAGCCCGCGUGCAGGAUAGCCUGCCUCGACCAGCCGGCCUUCGGCGUGGCGAACUCCACCUGGACGGCUCGCCUGUGGCUCGAGGGCGAGACCGUGGAGGCCAGCUGCGCCGAGGACCACCUGGACGUCCACGGGAACGCCCAGCAGACGGCCGAGUGCGCGGAGGGCGGCUGGCGCGGCUCUUCGCCCUGCAUGUACGGUGAGGACCCGCCUGGGGCUCGGGGCUCGGGGGGCGACGCGCGGCACGGGAAGGCAUUGCCCCCCGGCGCCGUCAUCUGCCCUGGGGAACCGACGGUGCCCAACGCCGAAACGGACUGGUUCACGGCUGUCUGGAUGUCCGGUUCAGUCGUCAAUGCCACCUGUCUGUCGAGCCACUAUGCCUUGGACGUCGGGAGUGAUGUGUCGGUGCAGGCCAUUGCAUGCACGGAGAAUGGCUGGGAAAAUGUGAGCGCCUGCGUGAGAGUAUGCGAAGAGUCCCCUGGAGAUUUCGGCGUCGCGACCACCGACUGGGAAGACCGGAAGUACCGCAUAAACGAGACGGUCUUUGCCACGUGUCAAGAGAACCAUCUCUUGGCCGACGAUUCUGUCAACCAGACCGUGAAAUGCACAGAGAACGGCUGGGAGACACCCUUGCCUUGCCUGCUUGUGCAAUGCCCGGGCCCUGAAGUCGCCAACGCGGUGGAACAGUUCAACUCCAGCGUGUUCAACGUGAGCCAGGAGGUCGUCGUGACCUGCCUCGACGAGCACUUCCUCAGGAGGGGCGUACAGGCGCAGACCCUGGAGUGCGGCGCGGACAGGACGUGGGGGGAGAUCCUGCCCUGCGUCAGAGCAUGCGACGGAGAGCCUCUCGUACAGAACGCCAACAUCACGUGGAACGAGAGCGAGUUCUGGACGGUAGGGAAAUACGUGGUGGCGACCUGUUACCCGGAGUUUAGUGUGUCUGCGAACGUCUACACACACCUCGUCACGUGCAUGGAAGACGGGUGGGACGAGACGACCCGCUGCUCCACGUUACAUUCCAUAAAACUAUACUGUGAUAAGUUAUCCAAGUACUUAAAUCAUUCAAUAGAGUACCACUGGGGAUGGCAUGCACUAUAUGUACCAUCAAGAGCAAAAGUCCGACUACACCUAAACUCUGGCAAAUGUUUCUUCAUGCCGCCCAUAGAUGUCGCUGUAUCCCUCAUAUCCUAA